GCCGCCGCCGCCCUCAGCCAUGGCCGCGCUCGGCCACCCCGCCGCCUUCGGCCGGGCCACCCACGUCGUGGUGCGGGCGCUGCCCGAGUCCCUCGGCCAGCACGCGCUGAGGAGCGCCAAGGGCGACGAGGUGGAUUUCGCCCGCGCCGAGCGGCAGCACCAGCUCUACGUGGGCGUGCUGGGCAGCAAGCUGGGGCUGCAGGUGGUGCAGCUGCCGGCCGACGAGAGCCUCCCGGACUGCGUGUUCGUGGAGGACGUGGCCGUGGUGUGCGAGGAGACGGCCCUCAUCACCCGCCCCGGGGCGCCGAGCCGGAGGAAGGAGGUUGACAUGAUGAAAGAAGCGUUAGAAAAACUUCAGCUCAAUAUAGUAGAGAUGAAAGAUGAAAAUGCAACCCUGGAUGGUGGAGAUGUCUUAUUCACAGGCAGAGAAUUUUUUGUGGGCCUUUCCAAGCGGACAAAUCAACGAGGUGCGGAAAUCUUGGCUGAUACUUUUAAGGACUAUGCGGUCUCCAUGGUCCCUGUGGCUGACGCUCUGCACUUGAAGAGCUUCUGCAGCAUGGCCGGGCCUAACCUGAUCGCGAUCGGGUCCAGUGAAGCUGCACAGAAAGCCCUCAAGAUCAUGCAACAGAUGAGUGACCACCGCUACGACAAACUCACUGUGCCUGACGACACGGCCGCAAACUGUAUAUACCUAAAUAUCCCCAGCAAAGGCCACGUCUUGCUGCACCGAACCCCAGAAGAGUAUCCAGAAAGUGCAAAGGUUUAUGAAAAGCUGAAGGACCAUAUGCUGAUCCCCGUGAGCAAUUCUGAACUGGAAAAGGUGGACGGGCUGCUUACCUGCUGCUCGAUUUUUAUUAACAAGAAGGCAGACUCCUGAGCCGCUGCCCCUCCCUGGUAGCCGGCAAUCCUGCACUCAUAAGGCCGAUAACUGUACCCACUCCUAUCGUUCUCAUUGACAAUCUCCUAGGCCACUGUGCUACUAACUCUGGUUCACAAUUCUAGUUUGAUUGCUUCGUUCUGCACCUCCCCCACCCCCCACUCCCCUCGCGGUGGUACCUAAACUGUGGAUUUGCUAAAUGAAUUAAGCAAUCUAGAAAAUCUGGAGCUACUGAAUAACUGAAAUGGGAUUAAUAAUAGUAAACGCUGAAGAAUGUCUUCUUGAUCAGUCAGAUAAGCUGGGGGUGAUUUUCUGCAGACCACUAAUCAUCUUUGGUUCCUGUGAAAUUCCCUGGUCCAUGGACCCUCCCCUUUUCCCUCUUUUUUUCUUCUGAAGUCUGAAACUUUCCCACAUCCCACAUCUCUCACAGUCACCUUGACCUUGGGUAGAAUCUGGGGUCUUGCCUUCCGCAUACCUUCCCGCAGGUCGACCCUGCCUGCCAUCAGUCUUCUCGGCCUCCUGGCUACAUCUUCUGCCACCACCACCACCCUACCCCAGAGAGUCAAACAGACCCCUCAGCAGAACCAUGACUAAACUCAGAACGGCCGUUGAUGGGAGAACUAAUUGCACAGAGGCUCAUCUUGAGGGGGUUCGCCCCAGGGAUGGAAACUGCACAAGCAGUCAGGCACCAUACCUAAGAAGGUGAAUUCAGCACCGGAUGGUUGCUGGGGGACUGUAGAUCCGGAAACUGGGAAACACCCCAUGAGCACAACACUUCAGAGAGUCUUUAAGUCACAUUCCAUGAAUGUUUGCUUCAUUACUGGCCAUACACAGACCUUGGGGAAUAGUCUUUAUUUUUUUCUUUCAACUCACUUCCAUUUCCCCUCAUUGUGACUCACCCUACGUCCACCUUUCUACCUUCUGCAAGUUUCCUGAUCUACACAGUUAUUUCUUUCAAGCAAGACAUCGCAUCUAAAAAUGACUAUUGGUGUCCUGCCCGUUCAGGAAGUGAUAGGCUUGGUGCUUGAAACCAACCGCAGACAAUGGACAAUUCUCUGAAAUAUCCAUGAAUCUUUACAGUGGAAUUCAAUUAAAACUUCUUUCCUUUCUAGUCAUCAAAUUACACAACCUUAAAUUGACACAAAUCUCUUAACAAAGAACAAUACCGCAGAGAAGGGAGAGGUGGCUGUCUUCUAAACCUGAAAGAAUCAGCCUUUUAGCUGGCCAGGGACAUGGCACUUCCCAAGGAAUGGUGACUGAUCCAGGCAUGUUAUCAAACUUCCCAAUCAUCUCCACCUUUCCUGUGUUGCCUAUGGCUUGUUGUUUAAGAUGAAGAAUCAGGGAGAUUAAGAAAUGUUACUUGCAGUCUUGCUCUGCUCACCUACGUGUUUGUAAUCAAACCUUCCUUAUGUUUGGUGACCAAGAGAGAACACCUUCACUCAUUUCAUCUCCCCCCAAGCAUAUGGAAGUGAUCAACCUCUGAGCAAACCAAGACGUCCUUAACCACUAUCUUUUCUAUUUGUUUGAUGAUUUUAUGUCAGAAUUUGAAGAAAUUCCUUCUCCUCCUUCUCUUUCUUUUUGCUUGACUUUAAAAUUCAUAUCACAUGCAGACAUCUAAUUUUAUGCGCCCUAUGACUGAGACAUACCUUGGUCACUCUCAUAGUUCCAACCCUCUCACCAUGGGAGAAUAGGGAAUAGUAUGUUUAUGCCAGAGAGAGAAUGACUGUUGCCCACACGCCCAAGUUAAUAAAGAAAAAAUGUCCUCCGCAGUUAUGGCUGCCCUUUUGGGUUAAAUUCUGCCCUAUGCUGGCAGAAGCAGAAAUCCUCCCUGUGAGAGUUCAGCAUCUCAAAAACAACCACAGGAGAACUGUAUUUUAGGCUUAAUGGCCGUCUUUAGGCACAUACUUUUCAAUAUCUUGAUUGCACUCAUUCUCAGUUAAAGAACUGUUCUCUAUUAUGUUUAGUUAGUUGCAAAUGAGUAGACUUCCCUUUUGAACAACUUGUUCUACAGAAGGCUGUUUUUUCACUCUUCCUUUCCUUUCCUUCUUUCUAUCUUUCCUUCCCUGUGUCUCAAGAAAUCACUUAGAAUCUAUGUGCCUCUUCUGCAGACUCUUACUCUGCACUGCUGUGUCACCGACAAGGCUGGCUUCUUUGGGCUCUCUCUGUGAUAUGAUCAUGUGAAAACCUAAAAUAUCUGCAGCAGAGUAGUGGUAUUUCUUCGAUGUACUCAUCAGCAUAAUGUGAUCUUUGAAGAAAAGAUGUUACCCCGUUACAUAGGCUCCCCUCUUGUCCGUUGUGACUUACAAGGAUAAACUAACAGAAACUACUGUUUGACAUUAUAAAGACAUUAGACAUUGUAUUUAAAUACGUAAACUUGAGUCGGAAUUAGUUGGUCAGUAAGAUUCAACUUAAUAAGGACAAUACAGAAAGAGUACAUGCUUUAACAUGAUUUCAGCUGUGAUGGAUUGCUAUAGAAAUCAGCGGGCAGAUCGCUCUACUGCGUAUUGAUUGCUCUUUUAAGCUACAGUGAACAGAUUACUAAGGCCAUCUCUUCAUCUCGAAGGGGGGAAAUAGUCUAGAUGAGCAAUGUGACUUAUAUAGAGUUGCAUGUUAGACUUUGCAAUUAGUUACGCUUUAACAUUCUACAGACAUGAUUUCCACAUGGUGUUAGAUUCGUGCAUUUUUAUCUUACCAGCCAUCUUGUUGCAGCCAGUGUAUGGUUAUCCACUCCACGUGCCAAAACCAGUAAUGCCUUCCACGGCCUCUUAGUCCAGAGAAGUUCCGCACUGAUUUUAGUCUCUUGCUGUCCUGUUCCUACAAGUAUACCAAUCAUGAUGGAAUAAAGUGUGAGUUGUACUGUGA